AUGGCUCGGUGUCCCCGCAGGAGCGCGUGGCUUGGCGAGGAGCAGGAGGACACAGAGAGCAGCGAGCCCAGACCGGCACUGGCUGAGGACAGGCGCACGGCCCUGGCAGCCGCCCAGCUCCAGGGUGGCAGCGGCGACACGGACGUCACCAGCCCCGCCGAAGCCGCCGGGCUGCGCAGCCGUGCCAGGCAGCUGGCCGCCCACAACACGAAGCUGCAGCGGGACGCCGAGCUGGCCGAGGAGCUGAACGCCCGCCUGGCCGAGGAGACGGCUCAGCUCCAGGCUCAGCUGCGGAGCAGCCGGCAGGCGCUGGAGCAGGCCAGGGCGGCCGCCGAGGAGCUGGAGGACCUGAAGGCCGUGGCGAAGGGGCUGGAGGAGGAGAACGGCGAGCUCCGGCGGCAGGCGCGGCACAUGGAGAAGGAGCAGCGGAGCCUGUGCUUGCGGGCCGAGGGGCUCCAGGAGGAGAACCAGCGGCUGCUCGCCGAGGGCCAGGGGCUGCGGGAGCAGAUCCAGGCGCAGACGGCCCGCGUGGCAGACCUGGAGGCCCAGCUCUGCCGUGGCACCGCGCUCCUCUCCGCCCGGGACGCCGCCCUCGCCCAGGCGGGGCGGCGGGCGCAGGAGCUGGCGGUGGCACUGGAGGAGUACGACCGGGCGGUGCAGGAAUUGCGGCUGGAGACGAUGCAGCUGCGGCAGCAGCUGGGCCGGAUGAGGGACGCCUGGGCCAUGCGCCCCUGGUGCCCCCUUGACCAGGCCACGGACAUUGCAGCCACAGCGGCCACGGCGGCACCGAGCCAGGGGACAGGGGACACGGAGGAGGAGGAGGAGGAGGAGGAGGGCUCGGGGCCGGCGGUGCCCGGAGCCCCGGCGGGGAGCAGCGAGGAGCCAGCCCGGCCGCUGGUCCCACGGGCAUCACUGUGGGCACCGUGGGCACUGACACUGCUGGCACUGCUGGCCCUGCUCUACCUCCUGCCCUCCCGCUGGCCCCAGCCCCAGCUGCGCCACCGGAGACCCCCACCCCUGUGA